UGUUGCUCUCGUUUCCCGAGGCCCUUUUUUUAAUGUGAAUGCCAAGUGCUGUUGUUGCGUCGUAAGUGGGGGCGUUGCAACGCAAAGGUUUCAUAUUGACCUCACUUCCAGGAAGAUGUCACAGCUUAAGUUCUGUUCUCGACGAUCCCCAGUGGUUUGCUGUAAUGGCUGUGUUGCAUCAAGCCAGUCUCUUGCCACGAAUGUCGGCCUUGAUAUUUUAAAGAUGGGCGGCAAUGCUGUAGAUGCUGCUGUGGCCGUCGCUGCCACUUUAAAUGUUACCGAACCAUUCAGUACAGGGCUAGGUGGAGAUUGUUUCUGCCUGUAUUAUGAUGCAAAGACAAAGCAGGUGCAUGGUCUCAAUGGAAGUGGAAGGUCUCCACAAUCCCUCACCCUUGAGCUUCUAAAAGAAUAUGGCUUUGAUGAAGCAAAUCCUCUGCCUUCACGACAUGCAUGUAACAUCACAGUCCCUGGUGCUGCUGCUGCAUGGUGUGAUGCUGUCAUGUUGUAUGGAAGCAAACAGCUUUCCAUGGGGCAGAUUUUACAACCAGCAAUAGAAAUGGCUGAGAAGGGCUUUCCAGUGUCUGAGAUUACUUCUUACCAGUGGAAACAAGAUGCUCAUGUUCUUCAGUCUCCUGGAAAUCAACAUGGGAAGGACCUCUUGAUCAAUGGUGAAGUACCAGAGCAUGGUCAAGUUUUCCAAAAUCCUCUUUUGGCAAACACUUUUAAGGAAUUAGCAAAAUCUGGCAAAAGAGGCUUUUACGAAGGUCAUGUGGCUAAAGCAAUUGUGGAUGUUAUUCAAAAUAAUGGUGGAGUAAUGGAUUUAGGAGACCUGAAAAGUCAUGUCACUGAAGAAGUUGAGCCUAUUGUCACAAAUUACAAGGGCAUGAAUAUUUGGGAAAUUCCUCCCAAUGGUCAAGGAAUCACAACUUUAUUAGCCCUGAAUAUUUUAGAAAAUUUCAAUGUGAAAGAUCUGUACCAUAAUUCUACUCAUUACUUGCACAUUUUAAUUGAAGCAUUCAAGCUGAGCUUUGCUGAUAGUUUUUGGUUUUGUGCUGAUCCGGAAAAAGGAACAGUACCUACAGCACAGCUCCUUUCUAAAUCUUAUGCCAGAGACCGUUCAGAUUUAAUCAAUUUACACAGAGCAAUUGCCCAAUAUAGUCAUGGAAAUCCCUUCCCAGUGGGCAAUGACACCGUUUAUUUUAGUGUGGUGGAUGCUGAAGGCAAUGCCUGCUCUUUCAUUAACAGCCUCUAUAAAGGAUUUGGUUCAGGGCUGGUGCCAGAUGGUUGUGGAUUUACUUUGCAAAACAGAGGAGCCUGUUUUUCACUACAGCAUGAUCAUCCAAACUGCUUGGCCUCUCGCAAGCGACCCUAUCAUACAAUUAUACCAGCACUGGCCACUGCAGCCGAUACUGGAGAGCUUUUGUGCUGCUUUGGAGUUAUGGGAGGAUUCAUGCAACCGCAAGGUCAGGUGCAAGUACUACUAAAUAUGUUUGAAUUUGGAAAGAAUCCCCAAGAGGCUUUGGAUGCAUCUCGUUUUUAUAUAGAGUAUAGCAAAAAAGAUGCGUGGCAGGUGUUCUUGGAAGACGGCAUUCCUCAAAACAUAGCAGAUGAUUUGAGAGCCAUGGGCCAUAAUGUCAAGGAACCUGUCCUUGGUUAUGCCAGGAGUAUGUUUGGACGUGGUCAAGUUAUCACCAAAGGAGAAUGGUGGAAACAAAAACCCCUCUCUUCUUCCUACGCUGUACUUUGGGCUGGAUCUGAUCCUCGAGCUGAUGGUUGUGCAUUGGGAUACUAGUAUGAAAAGCAAAGAUGGCUAGAUUGAGUGAAUAGAAACAGAUUUCAAAGUGACAUAGUACAAUGAUAUACUAGAAAACAGAGGGGAAUAGAUCAAUAUCUGUUUGAUCCAUAAGAAUAAUUUGAUGAUGAUAGUCCAUGUUUUGCACAAAGAAACCCCAGGUUUAGUUAUUUCAUUUAUUUGCCAGGGUUUUGAGAUAAUGGGAUACUCAUCUGCUACUCAUAUUAGAGCAUAUUGGCUACUUUUUUCUCCUAGCGCUUAAUCGUGGUUUAUUAAGCAAAUCAGGAAGAUAAAAGUAAUUCUGAUUUUUUUCAACCGCUUCUUGGUUAGUUUCCUCAAUGUUUUUCUUUCAAUAUCAAGAGAAGUAAGGGCAACACACAAACAAAACCAGAAGUCAGAAUUCUAAGUUUAAAAGGAAAAGACCUGGCUUAAAAUCAAGACCUGGAAAUCAGUAAAUCAUGUCAUCCAGUUAUAGUUUGUUGCAAAAUCAUUUAUUUUUAUUUUUUGAGGUGUUUGCAUGUUAUAUAUUAUUUUAAAAAUAUAUGAUUUAGUGUUUGUAUAAACUGAGUAACUAUAAAGUAUGUUAGUUAUAUCCUUUAUGAGCAUUUUUAAUCACACUAAUAUAAAAAGUUUUUGUUGACACUGUAUUUGUUCUUCAAAACAAAUAUAUAAACAUUUGAAUAACUGACAAACCCAGGUUAUUUCUUUCCUAGCUUUCCCUACUAUAUAUGUUUGAUCAACUACUA